AUGGCGGGGCGGGGCGCGCAACAAGAUCCAAGCGCGCUAAAGGAAGAAGACUACAUGGAUCUCGCAGAGGAAGACGACGUUCUGGGCCAACAGCUACGCGAGCUAGACUCCAACAUGAGCACAAUGUUCCAAAACCUUGAAAAUAAUGUAGGGAAGGACGGCAAAAAAGACUCCGAUUUGUUCAAGAGCGCCGACGCUCAAGAGAACCGCUCCAAGGAAGAAGAUGCAAACAAGAAACGCGAGGAGCAAGGCCGACAGAAAGAACGGGCGGCCCUCCUGGCGCAGCUGAAGGGCCUGUCUGAUGGUGGGCUGACAAGGCGUCCGAAGUGGCGAUGGAUCGCGGAGGGCGUCCAUGACCCUCCCCCCGACCGGGUCUUGAAGGGAAGGCACCUUUGGAAGGCAGCGGCGUUGCUGAUCAUCGUGUUUUUCGUCCGGCCGAAGAGGACGCUCAUGCAACGAAAAGCGAGGUCCAAGGACCGCGAUACACAAGACUGGAACGCGACGCUGACCAUCUACUUCGACCGAUGCCAGACGUGGCUACUGAAAGCAGCGAGGGUGCCGGUCGGUAAUUCUGUGCUCAAGAACAGCGCACUAAACUUUCGGCUGAACCGCCGAGACGGCAAGAGGGAGGCUUUCGGCGGGGGGGGCGCUUCAGGGGGCGGGAAUGCCAGAGGGGGCUUCGUGAGCGCCCUUGUCAGGAAAGUGGCUAGAGGGAUCAGCCAUGAGAGCCUGGCGCUGACGCUCAUGCGCCUAAAAGUGCACGUGAAAGGUGUCUUGAACGGCCUGACUCAGGAGAUGCCUCCGACGGAUAUCAUGACUUUCUUCAGCUACCUUGCGGCCGACGGCAACUACUUCCCAGACGGUUUCUUUUUCGAGGAGGAGACCAAGAUGCUCGCGUUCGACGAGCUGGGCGCCGUGCGAAACCUCACCCCGAACACGGACCGUCCUGACGACUUCGAAGACACGCUCUACGCCCUGCACAACAGCAAGGCAUUGGAGGAGGAGCUCGCAGCUAACCACCAGGGCCACCACGAAGGUUUCUUGGACGCGCACCACCUGGGAUGGCUGGUUGACGCUGGACACAGUCUGUUGGAGGGCACGAAGGCGGGCAUGGCUGGCCACGCCGCCGCCACCGCCGCCGCGGCUCGGCCGACCGACUUGAGAGCAGCCGUCUUGCACGGGCGCGAGCACCUCCCCGGGAAGUUCAGGCCGCUGUAUCGCCACGAGGCAAACGGUCAAUGGCUCGACACGUCGUUUGUGGAGAUGAUCCUGACCAACUACCUCAUGAGUCCGGACUGGUCCCGUCCAGCGGCGUGA